AUGAAGGCCGGUCUCCUCCUCGCCGCCGCCUCAGCGGCCAUGGCUGCUCCCUUCGAGAGCGUCGCUGCCCGUAGCGAGUUGGGAUCCUUCCCCAUGACUGAACUUGAGGAGUACUACAAGCAGGCCUUUAGCAAGCCCUCCAUUGUUGCCUCGAUUUCUCCCUCCAUCUCCAAGCGUCAGUACAACGGUGACACCUUCAACCAGCUGACUGACGGCACUGCCUGCCGUGCUGUCACGGUUAUCUGGGCCCGUGGUACCUACGGCGCCGGUAACGUCGGAGAGGCGGGCUCUGAGGGUCCUACUUUCUUCAACGCCCUUGCUGGUAUCAUUGGUGCCUCGAACCUCGCCGUUCAGGGUGUCAACUACAGUGCCAGCGUCUUGGGCUUCUUGUCCGGCGGUGACGCGGCUGGCAGCACCACCAUGGCCAACUUGGUCUCCCAGGCUGCGAGCCAAUGCCCCAACACCAAGAUCGUCAUGUCCGGCUACAGCCAGGGUGGCCAGCUCGUCCACAACGCUGCUUCCAAGCUCAGCACCACUCUGACCAACAAGGUCUCUGCCGUCCUCAUCUUCGGCGACCCAUUCGACGGCCAGCCCGUCGGCAACAUCCCCUCCUCCAAGGUCAAGAUCAUCUGCCACGACGGUGACAACAUUUGCGACGGUGGUAUUAUCAUCACUGCGGACCACAGCAACUACGAGCAGGACGCCCCCGCUGCUGCUGCCUUCGUUGCUGGACUCGUCCAGUAA